UCCAGUUUCAACAAUGCAAGUCCUCAUCAUUUUCUCUGCCUUCUUGGUUGUCCUUGCUCAAUGUGGAUACCCAGUUCCUGAUGCAUAUCCAGCAUCUUAUCCAGUUGCUCCUUCAUAUCCAUCUGCAUCUGUCUACUCGGCAAGCUCUAUCAGUAAUAGUGAAGGUUCUGUUGAUACUGAAUCUAAUGUAGAAUUCCGCAAACGUGCCAAAGCCCGUACCGUCCAAAACCGCAAAUUCCAUCGCCGUGCUCUUCAGCCAAUCAGAAGAUUCCAACAGAAAAAACAAUAAAAUUUCAAAAAUAAAUUGAAUUUAUUUUUCGCUUUAAAAGUUUUCCCGAUAAGCCAUUCAAUAAAUCAUUUUUUCGAAAAUUUU